AUGGUUUCUAUUUGUUGGGUGAAGAACAAUAAUAGUAAAAUUCCCUAUGUACGAAACAGAAUCACUGAAAUUAAUGAAUUCAAGUUUCCUCUACGGUAUACCCCCUCUAAGGAUAAUCCAGCUGAUAUUCUAUCCAGAGGUAGUAAUAGUAAAGAUUUAGCGCAAAAUUCCUUAUGGUGGAAUGGCCCUAAAUGGCUUUUAACUGGUGAUUAUCCCCAAUCUUUAGCUAAUGAAAUUCUUUCAGGACCUAAGUUUGUUCACCCUCCAACCCCAUUAAUUGACAUCCCACGUUAUAGUAAUUUAGGCAAGCUUAAACGUAUCAUGAGGUCAAUAUUGCUUUUUCUUAAUAAGUGCAGUAAAGGUUCUAAAUUUGUUGUUAACGAAAUGAAAGCACUUGUCCUCCUUGAACAGAAGCAACAUCUUUCUACUACCAGAAAGUACCUCUGUGAUAAGAAUUCACUUGGAGUGUCCAUGGAUGUUAAGAACUUGUGUAAUCAGUUAAACUUAUUUGUUGAUGAGGAAAAUCUAGUUAGGUCUCAGGGUCGCAUGAAAAACGCUUCCAUGUCUUAUGAUACUCAGUGCCUAAUGUUAUUGCCUUCCAGAAGUUAUUUAACAGUGUUGAUAGUUGAACAUUUGCAUAGACAUCAUCACCAUUGUGGUGUCAAUUCUGUACUGGUAUUGUUGAGAGAAACCUUUUGGGUACCUAAGCACGACAAGUUAUCAAAUCAAUUCUGUUCAAGUGUGUUUUGUGUCAGAAGUUAA